UGAUAACAGACACCGAUGGCCGAUCGCUAAUCAGUGAUCUGUCGAAAAAUCAAAAUUAAAACGAUUCAACAAUUAAUAACAACAAUUUAUUAACGGCGACGACGCACCACGCACCGCGCAUCGCUUCGGUCAAGAGGCGCUUUAACGAAUUAUUAUUUCAUUGAUAUAUAUCAAACCCUCAUUCGCGGUUUGGGCGGGUAACGACGGGUAACGUAUUCGAGCGGUAGAUACUUGGCACCGUCUAAGCCCGCAACGCCAUGUCCAAGUCGUCAGGUUCCAACGACUUGCGCACCGAGCUGGCCGAGCUCGUCAAACGCAAAUCAGAUAUCGCCGAAACAUUGGCCAAUCUUGAACGUCAAAUAUAUGCAUUUGAAGGAAGUUAUUUAGAAGACACUCAUUUAUACGGUAAUAUCAUUCGUGGUUGGGACAGAUAUCUUACAUCAGCAAAUAAACUUCCCAAUUCAAAAAAUGAACCACGGAACAGGAAAUUUAAAGAAGCUGAGCGUCUUUUUUCCAAAUCUUCCAUUACUUCUAUGGCUGCUGUGAGUGGUUUGGUAGAAGCUCAAGAAAAAGCUGAAAUAAACAGUGAAACUGAGUCACAAACAGGAAAUAGUGGUAGUGAAGAUAAUAUGACCAAAGAUAGUGGAAAAUCUAAUAGUUUGACAAAUGGUCCAACCACUCCUAGAAAUCCAUUAGCUUCUGCCAAACGAGCGUCUAGUACAAAAAAAGUUAAGAAUCGAUGAUCUUCAUUCAACAAACUCAAUAGAGUUUUAAAACAGUUCCAGCGACCGCAGUGAGAACGUAAUGUUAUGUUAAUACUGUUUAACUAACAAAAAUUUUGUAAAUGUGUUAUAACUAUAAUCUAGAGCUUAGAAUUGCUUAUUAUUGUACGAA